AUGGAGAAAGAGAUGACGGACCUGGAGACGAAGUUAACGCAGCUAAGCUUUGGAGUCAAAAGAACACAAGCCAUUCUUGACUCAGGUAAGCGAGUAGCUAUUAAGCGGCACCUUGAGGCGUUACAAACUACUGCAAAAGAAACGAACGAGUGCAAACGCACUGUCGAAGCAGCUAAAAUAACCGAGAAGGAAGAACUUUCGAAAAUUAACGAAUGGAGUGACGAAAUUGACCACAAAUUUGACAUAGCUGACGAGGCUAUGAUGCGACUUGAGAAAUGGCUCGUCGACGCGGAACGAGCAGAGAAGUUUGUAACGCAGGAGGAGCAGUUUAAGUACGAGUUAAAGUUGCAUGAGAAAAAGCUAGAAAUGCAAGCUGAACUAGCGAACAGUCAAAAACUAAACCGGAAACUCAGGAAUGCGAAGUAUUUACCACGCAAAAUGCGAAAUUGCCAAAACUUGCUAUAUCGAAAUUCGAAGGGUCUUACAUGAAUUGGUCCAAGUUCUGGGGUCAAUUUUGCGAAGCGAUAGACAAAAGCUCCAUCGCACCAAUAAGUUCAAUAACCAAGUUUACCUAUCUGCUAGAGUUGCUUGAACCGAAAAUAAAACGUUGCAUUGAAGCCCUUCCCUUCACCCCUGAGGGGUACAACCGAGCGAAAGCCAUUCUCGAAGACAAAUACGGCAAAGAAUCGGAGAUAUUGUAAAAUGCUACGUGAAGGCGAUUUUAGAUCUGCCUCAUAUUACGGGUACUAACCCACGUAAGAUCGCAGAAUUUCUUGAGAAACUAACGCGCUCUGUUCAAGCUCUCGAGACGAUGGGAAAACUAAAUCAGAUUAGCAGGAAUGUGUCGAUGACUCUAGAUAAAUUAUCUGGAAUUCGUGGGGAUUUGGUACGCACCGGCCCUGAAUGGGAAUCAUGGGAUUUUGGUAAAUUAGUUGAAGCCAUAAAACAAUGGGUAAAAAGAAACCCCGUUACUAGUGUCGAUAGAGAACGGGAAGAAAGCAAUCGAAGGAGACUCCUUCAUGCCCGUAAUGAGGGAUUCCGACCCCGGGGCUGUGUCUACUGCGGGGACCUUGGGCACAAAGCAACCCAGUGUGAAAAAAUUACAGAACUAAGCGAGCGAAAGGGAAUUUUGGCAAAGAAAGGUUUAUGUUUCAACUGCGCGACGAAAACGCACCGCGCCUCAGACUGUACCAGCAAAUCUGCCUGCGGCCACUGCAACAAACGUCAUCACACUUCCAUAUGCGACCAAAAGAAUGACAAGAAUGAAAAGCAUCCUAACCAUAAUAAGUUGAUGACGGAUGGAGUAAGUGGAGAUGGCAUAUUUCCUGUCGUGACAGUAAGAAUUAAUGACAUAAUGUGUCGAGCUUUAAUUGACUCCGGCGCCGGGAGCUCUUACGCAGCUGCCAAGCUGAUUGACACUUUGAAGAUAAAACCACGCGAGAUUAAAGGCAUAGUACAAAACAUGGACUGGACCCAUGGACUGGACUCAAAAUUGGACCGAAAAUUGGACCCGAAAUUGGACUCAAAAUUGGACUCAAAAUUUUAGCCAAAAUUUUGCCCAAAAAUCCAUUAUUCUAUCGGAGAGAAACGACCCUCAGAAUAUCGUGCUUUGAUUUAAUUUGUAUAGGCAAAAAACGUCACGUUCCAUCACUUUUCCUUGACCUAUCUAGCUAUUUGUCUUCCAAAAUUCUAUAUUCUAUUUUCUAAACGUUAUCUAGGGUAUCUCGUAAAUAAUAAACCUCUGUGAAAUGUCUUUGCGCAAUGGUCAGAAAUACAUCACAUCGAUAUAAAUCAGUUCCAUAUAUAGUUAUUUUAGUUAUAUAGGCUACAUUUUGUGUCUGUAUAAUACGCCCUCUAUAUAUUCCGGCAUAUAUAUCCUCCAACGAGUAACGAGUUCGCAAAGUUUGUUUUGUCCAUACUGUAUAUUCUAAUAUUGCAACUAGCUAUAUGUGGGCUUAUCAUUAUGCACAUAUUCUAUUUCCGUUUGUCAAAUAUAGACGUGUCACUCGUAUCGCUGAGGAUGGUUCUAGUGAAAUAGAAUUGAAACACUGCGCGUCCUCUAAGACAAGCGUUAGUCGUCAUGAAAAUAUUUCGUGCACUUAAAUUGGAUAAGACUCACUACCAAUCCCUAUUGACUCGAUAGUUCAAUAGGUAGAGCGGCGGUCUAGAUACCCGAAGAUGCGAGUUCAAAUCCCGCUCGAGCCAACGAAUUUUUCGUUGGUCGAUUGCAGUGUCAGAUUAAUAUGAAACUAGUUUUUCGUAUCUCUGAGGACGGUUCUGAAAUACAAUAUGUGCAUAAUGGUAAGCCCACAUAUAGCUAUACUAAGCCUAUAGUUGCGAUAAAUAUUAGAAUAUAUGGACAAAACAAACUUUGCGAACUCGUUACUCGUUAGAGGAUAUAUUAUAUAUGCCGGAAUAUAUAGAGGGUAUAUAUUAUACAGACACAAAAUGUAUGUAAUUAAAAUAACUAUACUGUAUAUUGAUGUAUACAUUGAUGGAAUGAUUUAUAUUGACGUGAUGUAUUUGUGACCAUUGCGCAAAGAUAUUUCACAAAGGUUUAUUAUUUACGAGAUACCCUAGAUAACGUUUAGAAAAUAAAAUAUAGAAUUUUGGAAGACAAAUAGCUAGAUAGGUCAAGGUAAAGUGAUGGAAUGUGACGUUUUUUGCCUAUACAAAUUAAAUGAAAGCACGAUAUUCUGAGGGUCGUUUCUCUCCGAAAAAAUAAUGGAUUUUUGGGCAAAAUUUUGGCUAAAAUUUUGAGUCCAAUUUUGGGUCCAAUUUUGAGUCCAAUUUUGAGUCCAAUUUUGGGUCCAAUUUUGAGUCCAAUUUUGGGUCCAGUCCAUGGGUCCAGUCCAUGUUUUGUACUAUGCCCGAGAUUAAACGCCAACGCAUAAAUAUGCUAAUGACCACCCAGACUGCGAGAAUGGAAUUUUAUGACGCGAAAAUUAGCUCAAUCGACGGAAAGUACGAAAUGAACGUAAACUUGACCAAAGAAGAACGAGACGCGUUGAGAUUCCAUUGGAGAGCACCAGGAAGUGAAGUAGUCACAGUUUACAGAUUCACGAGAGCGUUGUUUGGUUUAACUUGUUCCCCAUUUCUACUUGGCGGCGUUCUCAACGAGCAUUUAAAGUCAUGGGAGGAAAAGUAUCCAGAUCUAGUGAAGGAAAUUCGAGACGGUCUUUACGUGGACGAUCUGAUGACGGGGGGUGUGAACGCGCAAGUAGUGAGUGAGAAGGAAACCAAUGCAAUCGAAGUUUUCGAAGAUGCAACGUUCAAGCUACACAAAUGGCAUUGCAACAUUUCAGAGCUCGAAGAGAAAGAAAAUAUUUCGCGCCAACCAGCAACCAACGACAACGGAGAAGAAACUACGUUCGCGAAACAACAGUUGGGAACCAACCCUGAAUCCGAGACAAAGUUACUUGGACUUUCGUGGGACAAAUCGCAAGAUACGCUAAGUGUGACGACAAACAAAGAAGAGCCAGCUAGUACAAAGAGAGGCGCACUUUCUCAGAAGAGCCAGCUAGUACAAAGAGAGGCGCACUUUCUCAGCUAG